UUGCUGUUUUUUUCUUCAAUUUCAACCAAUCAAUGACGUCUAUUGAGGUGAAAAUUUGAAAAAUGUUGAAGGGAGGUUCCUGACAGAAAGGGACAAAGAAAAAUCAGUGGAGCCAUCUAUUGGAAGAAAGAAAAUCAUGUAAAGGGAAAUAACCUCUACAACACUUCAAUCUCGCUUCUUUUAAAUUCUUAAUUAAGGUGCUUAAUUACUGCUUCACUGACUCGUUCCUUAUUUGUGAAUACGAAUAUCACAUCAUGUUGACGUAAAAGAAAUUUCUUCAUUCAGAUGUACCUUUGAUAUUUUGAUUGACUUCCAUCAAUUAAAGGAAGACCAUAUAUUCAUAAGGCACAUUCAUCAUCGCAUCAAUGACAAACGAUAAGAAAAUAUUUCUUCUAUGAUGGAAUUAUGAGCAACAUUUUUAUUGUCUUCGCUGUUUGGAAUGUAGAGAAGGUGAUUGCUUGGAUAAAUUUACAAAAGUUUUAACUGUUUACAUCUGCCAUUUUAGAUGUUAAACAAGAAUACAGAUGAAAGAAACACAGUGUUAAAUUAUUCUCUGAAAAUACUGAACAUAAAUACAUUCAUAGAAAUAAAAAAAUCAUUAUCGUUGGGAUACGUAUGAGAAAUUAUUAUCUUAUAAUGAAUGAUUUAAGAAAACCAAACAAACCUGAUUCAGGUGAGAGGCCAUAUCACUGUGAUAUCUGUGGUAAAUUAUUCACUGAAGAAACAGUCUUGACCAAACACAAAUGCAUUGAUACAGGUGAGAAACCACAUCACUGUGAUGUCUGUGGUAAAUCAUUCUCUCAAAGUAGUUCUUUGACUAGGCACGUACGUACACAUACGGGAGAAAAACCAUAUCAUUGUGACAUCUGUGGUGAAUCAUUUUCUGAAAGUGGCCACGUGACUAUGCACAGGCGUACUCAUACAGAUGAGAAGCCAUAUCAUUGCAAUAUCUGUAGUAAAUCAUUCUCUCGAAGUAGUGACUUGUUUAGACACCAACGUACACAUACGGGAGAAAAACCUUAUCAUUGUGAUCUCUGUGGUGAAUCAUUUUCUCAAAAUAACAUUUUAUCUAGUCACACACUUAUUCAUAUAGGAGAAAAUCCAUAUCAUUGUGAUGUCUGUGGUAAAUCAUUCUCAAAAAGGCUACUUAAGUACACAUUGGAGUAUUCAUACACAAGUGUAACUGUAUGAAUAUCAAAAUUUAUUAAAACAUGACAACAAUUAUGAGUACUUUGUCUGCUAAAAGACAGGGUUUAUUCCUCUUCAAGCUUGACAUUAUCAACUUCAGUUUCUUGGAUGUCAACAUGAAAUUCAUGAAUCACAACUUCAAUAUCAUUUAUAUAUCUAAAUAUAUCAACACAGAGAUGACUUUGAUUUCUGAAGAGGAUUGUGCUGGAAUUUUGAGGAAUUUGUUAUGAGAGAAUAAAGGAAUGGGA